CUUCAGCCUCAUAGCACAGCCAAGACUGAGGCGACUGAGAAUGAGAGACGCUUUGCUCAGUCUUGCUGGCGACCACGCAACGCACGUGAACAUUCCUAGGAGGUACCACUGCGUGGACCUGCUGCAGCGCGGCUUCGUGGCGGGCUCCAUCAUCACCGUGGACCCGGCCGAUGCACGGGAGCUGGGCAAGCCCUGGACUCGCAGGUACAUCUAUAACCAGAAGAGCUGCGGCCGCUGCAAGGGCCCGGUGCGCACGUGGGACAUGGCCGGCCGUACGGUGUACUGCUGCGAGACCUGCCAGCCGCUCAACCCCAACAGGGCCGCCGGCAAGGCCGCUGGCGGCGGCGGCAGCGCCAAGAAGGGUCGUGUUGCCGGUAACGGCAACGGUAACGGUAACGGUAACGGCAACGGCAACGGCAGGGUCAUUGGGGAGCCGGAGAGCGACCAGGAGCGGGGGCAGGAGGAAGCCCAGGAGGACAGCGAGGAGGAGAGCGAGGCGGCGGUGCAGAUCGCGCCGGCGCGGCGGGCGGCCAUGGCAGCGGGCCACAGCGGCCGUGUGUUCGUGAGCCACUGCGCCCCCGACGACCCCGCUGACGUGGAGCCGGCCAAGUUGACCGUGAAGCUGCUCAAGGAGCGGCUGACGGCCCUGAACCUGGACACACGCGGCGCAAAGCCGCAGCUGGUGGCACGGCUGGAGGCCGCAUUGCGCUGGCAGCAGCCGGGGCACGCCCACGACCCCACCGCCCAGCAGGCCGCCAACACGGAGGCGGCGGCGGCGGAGGAGGAUGUGAAGGAGGAGCAGGCGGCGGCGGAUGCGGCGCCAGCAACGCCGCCGCAGAGCAAGCGCGCGCGUGGCGAGGGCGCCGCGACCGCCGCCGCGGCCGCGCCCCCGGGAGAUGAGGCUGGCAAGGCUGGCGGCUUCGAGGAGGUGCAGGCCGAGGCUGUCCAGAAGGCGGGCGCUGAUGGCGACAGCGACAGCGACAGCGCCGUCACUCUGGACCGGGCGGAACAGGCGCUCACUGACAGCAUGGCACCGCCGCCGGCUGUGGGGGUGGCGGCGGUGGUGGCGGCGGCGGCGGCUGGUGACGGCGUCGCCGCCGCCGCCGAGCCCAAGUCCGACCUCGCCGCCACCCUGCGCCGCCACAGCGUGGCUCAGCUCCGCCUGGAUCUGCAGCGCCGCCGACUGCCCUCCAGCGGCGUCAAGGCCGUCCUCGUCGAGCGCCUGGCGGCUGCGAUGGCCGCUGACGGCGCCGCCGCGGCCGCGGCGGCCGCCGCGAUGCAACUGCCAGAGUCUCCGGUAGCGGUGGCAGCGGUGGCGGUGGCGGCUGACUCGCCAGCGCUUCGCACGCCGGUGGCGCAGACGACGGCGCCGGCGGCACCCAUGGGUCCGCGCAAGGGCCCGCGGCCAGCAGAGCCACAGAGCGUGGAGACGCCCACCAUCGCCGCCGCUGGCGUUGGCGGCGCCGCCGCUGGCCUCAGCUUCGCGGCCGCCGCCACGACGCCGCCGACGGUGGAGGGGCCGGCUGCUGCACCGGCUGCGAGCACGGCUGGCGGCGCCGCCGCCGCUGCGCGGGCUGGUGCUGGGGGCAAGUACGACAUCACCCCUGGUAUCCAGGGUCUGCGGAUGACGUCGGCCAAGGACGCGGCUCUGGAGAAGCUGCUGGCUGGAGAGAACCGGGCGGUGGAGCACGUGGCGCUGGAGGACGACGAGGUGGUGGACCUGCUGUCUGCCUACCCAGUGCCCUCCACCCGCAAGCGGGCUCGGGCGCUGCAGGAGCUGGAGGAGCAGCACCAGCAGUAGGCGUAGUCUUCUUCUGUGAAGGAAGCAGGACGGCAGCGGCGUGAAGAGCGACGGUCGUGACGGCCAUACGAAGGAAGCGAUCGCCUCAAGCUGGUGGCAUCAUGCCACUACCACUUGCAGUCACAUGUGUAUAUGCGUGUAUUUGAAAGGGCACAGUUGCAGUCGCGUGUGUAUGUAUGUUGAAGGGUAUAAGGGGCAGGUAUGUGUGUGCGCGGCGCAGGGGCGGCAUUCUGUCGUAUGCGGCGUGCGGGACCGGGAGGCCGCUUUCGUACAUGGAAACUUGCAGCCGUGCUGGGGUGGUUUGGUGUGCGGUGCUAUUCGUUUCCUUGCGUGUUUGGCAUUGGCAGUAUAGUAGGCAAGGGGUGAUAUCGGAUAGCACGUGCAUGCGGCGGUGUGUUCAUGUCACAAGACGGUACCAAACGGGCGCCAAGUCCGUCGUGCGGGUGUGGGGCGGACGUUAUAACCACAUUCGGCAAUGUGAUAUACAUAUCGGCAGGCGGGCGAGAGCAGGAUGGGUGGCAGGAUGGGCAGCAGGAUGAACUCAUUGCUUACGGCAGAACGUUUGAAAGCGAGAUUGGAGGACGGCGAAACAACAAGCGCGCGGGAAGGGGGCGGGGGGGAGGGCCACCGUGCAUUGGCCACUGGACAUCCACUCACGGAAUUCGGACCAGCCCCUGCUGUUGAUCAUGACGGAACGUGCCGGGCAAGUUGUUAACUCGCGA